GCCCCGCGCGCGGCCCCCGAUGCCGCCUACCCGCGGCGCGUGGCGCUGAGCGCGGCCCGGCGUCUCGGGACGCCGCUCCCGCUCCUCCUCCCGCCGCCGCGUGGAUGCCAAGGACCAGCCGGCCCGUCCCCUCCACGUCCCCGCUGCGCCCUGCGGCCGCGCUCCGCGGGAGCGGAGAAACUUUGGGGCCCGCGCGGCACUCGGGCAGCGCCAUGAAGGCGGCCGAGGAAGAGCACUACAGCUAUGCCCCGCCCUCCGUCAGCUCCACGCUGCCUCUGCCCGGGCCCUGCCAUGACCUCCAGCCCCCCGCCCCUGGUGUGCCAGCUCUUCCUCCCGCUGGCCACCCCUUGGGGUAUGGGGGUGCCGUGGACGGCGGGCCUUCGGGGUAUUUUCUGUCUUCUGGCAACAACCGGCCCAACGGCGCUCUGGCCCUGGAGAGCCCCCGCAUCGAGAUCACGUCGUACCUGGGCCUGCACCACGCGGGCGGCCCGUUCCUCCACGAUGCGGACGUGGAGGACCUGCUUCCCAGCUGCCGGCGCUCGCCGUCCACCGCCACGCUGCCCCUGCCCGGCCUGGAGGCCUACCGAGACCCGUCCUGCCUGAGCCCGGCCAGCAGCCUCUCCUCGCGAAGCUGCAACUCCGAGGCCUCCUCCUACGAGUCCGGCCACUCCUACCCCUACGCCUCGCCCCAGACGUCCCCCUGGCAGUCCCCCUGCGUGUCCCCGAAGACCACAGACCCGGAGGAGGCCUUUCCCCGGGGCCUGGGCGCCUGCCACCUGCUGGGCUCUCCUCGCCAUUCUCCAUCCACCUCGCCCCGGGCGAGCGUCACAGAGGAGAGCUGGCUGGGGGCCCGGGGCUCGAGGCCCACGUCCCCCUGCAACAAGCGCAAGUACUGGCUGAACGGCAGCCAGGCCCCCUGCUCGCCCCGCCAGUCCCCGGCGCCCUCGCCGCUCGGCUCCCCCCGCGCCAGCGUGACGGAGGACACCUGGCUCAGCAACACCACCCAGUACACCAGCUCCGCCAUCGUGGCGGCCAUCAACGCCCUCACCACCGACAGCAGCCUGGACCUGGGCGACGGGGUCCCCACCAAGGCCCGCAAGACGGCCCCGGAGCCCGCGCCUCCCGUGGCGCUCAAGGUGGAGCCCGCGGGGGCCGAGCCGGGCGCCGCCUCGCCCGCCUGCGACUUCCCGCCCGAGGACCUCGCCUUCCAGCACCUGAGGAAGGGCGGCUUCUGCGAGCAGUACCUGUCCGUGCCGCAGGCCCCGUACCAGUGGGCGAAGCCCAAGUCGCUGGCCCCCGUGUCCUACAUGAGCCCAUCGCUGCCCGCCCUGGACUGGCAGCUGCCAUCCCACUCCGGCCCCUACGAGCUGCAGAUCGAGGUGCAGCCCAAGUCCCACCACCGGGCUCACUACGAGACGGAGGGCAGCCGGGGCGCUGUGAAGGCAUCCUCCGGGGGACACCCCGUUGUGCAGCUACAUGGUUACUUGGAAACAGAGCCGCUCAUGCUGCAGCUGUUCAUCGGGACGGCGGAUGACCGGCUGCUGCGGCCCCACGCCUUCUACCAGGUGCACCGGAUCACGGGCAAGACCGUCUCCACCACCAGCCACGAGGCCGUCCUCUCCAACACCAAGGUCCUAGAGAUCCCGCUGCUGCCCGAGAAUAACAUGAGAGCCAUCAUCGACUGCGCCGGGAUUCUGAAGCUCAGGAACUCUGACAUCGAGCUGCGCAAAGGGGAGACCGACAUCGGCCGGAAGAACACCAGGGUGCGGCUGGUGUUCCGCGUCCACAUCCCUCAGCCCAGCGGCCGCAUGCUGUCCCUCCAGGUUGCCUCAAACCCCAUCGAGUGCUCCCAGCGGUCUGCCCAGGAGCUGCCCCUGGUGGAGGGGCAGAGCACAGACAGCUACCCGGUCGUCGGCGGGAAGAAGAUGGUCCUGUCCGGUCAUAACUUCUUGCAAGACUCCAAGGUCAUUUUUGUGGAGAAGGCUCCAGAUGGCCACCAUGUCUGGGAGAUGGAAGCAAAAACGGACCGAGACCUGUACAAGCCAAAUUCCCUGGUGGUUGAGAUACCGCCUUUCCGGAACCAGAGGAUAACCAGCCCCGUCCAAGUCAGCUUCUACGUCUGCAAUGGGAAGAGGAAGCGAAGCCAGUACCAGCAUUUUACCUACCUGCCUGCUAAUGUUCCAAUGAUAAAGAUGGAACCCACUGAUGACUUCGAGUCCUCCCUGACAUGUGGGCCCAUGAGCCAGGGCCUGAGUCCCCUCCCCAGGCCCUGCUACAGCCAGCAGCUCGCCGUGCCGCCCGACCCAGUCUCCUGCCUCGUGGCCGGCUUUGCCCCCUGUCCACAGAGGAGCCCCAUGAUGCCAGCACCUCCCAGCACAAGCCCAAAGCUCCAGGACCUCUCUUCCACGGCCUACACCAAGGGCGUCUCUGGCCCGAGCCUCGGUCACCUGGGACUUCAGCCUCCCGCAGCGGAUGCCCCGGCCAUGCAGCCGGGCUCUGCGGAGCAGCCCCCGCCCGCCCUGCUGCAGCCCCAGGUGAGUCCACAUCUGAGCAGUAGCUGCUCCCUUGGUUGCCAGCAGGCGCUCUGUCCCAACAGCCCCUCUUCUCCACCGCCGGCCGCCGCCCACGAACCAGCCUGCUCGCCGCCCUCCGCCCAGCCUCCCGUCCUGGGCCAGCAGCAGCGCCAGCUGCCGAAGGUUCAAAGAAACGUGUCUCCAGCUGCCGGGCCGGCGCCGCUGCCCGAGGCGCGUGAGGAUGGUAGUGAUAAUUUGGCCCCUAUUCCUGUAACAAUCAAGCAAGAGCCUGAGGAGUUGGACCAGUUGUACCUGGACGAUGUAAACGAGAUCAUAUGCAACGACCUCUCCAGCACAAGCUCCAACACAUAGGUGAGCGCGGCGGAGCUGGCGGGAGCAGGUGGCGGCGGCUCAGCGCAGACGCCGGGCUCCAGCAGGCAAGACUGUCCACGAAACAGACGGCACCCGCACCUGGUGCCCCCAGAACCUCCACCUUCCCAGAUGCUGAGAGCUGGACUUGGCCAUCAACGUACAAGGACGUAGCUCCCGAAGGAGGAAGGAGGGGAAGCGGGAGAGCGCAUUCCUGAGGACAAGCCAUCUCAAGGACACGGAGGGCCAGCAGGGAGGCCAGGGCCAGAGGCUGGCCUCCCGGGAAGAGCCCCGUGGGCCCCGAUUUCAAUACUGGAAGUGCCUUACUCAUCCCUCCCCCCCCCAUCCAGAUGCCGUGGACACCAGCAUUGGGUUUGCUGCCAUGAGAGUAUUCGUAGGAACAAAAACUAGAAAAACAUUUCAUGAGGCUUUAACCUUGCCAGGACCCGAGUUCUGGCAAGCUAGGGGUUGUGAGACACACCCAGUAGGCUUCCCAAUUCCCUGGCUGUCCUACACAACACACUGCCUUGCCUGGUGCGUUCUAAGGUCUUCCGAUGGCCGUCUCUAGUUCCUUCAGAGCACUCUCUCCUCCGUGUGAGUAAAAUCGUAGGGUUGUGAAUAGUAGCAUGCUGAGAUUUCUGUUUUUCAAUGUGGCUUUGGGCAUAGCACAAGACAGGGACUGGGCAGGAAAGCAAGCUGCCUGGCAUACCUUGCACGUGCAUGUGUGUAGAUAGGCAUGCAUUUAUGUACCACUAGUAAAUGGCAGAGACGGUGAGGGCCAGGCUGGGCCCGGCCAGGGCUUCUGCAGUAGCAAUACUCAGCGUCCGUUUUGGAGAAUUUACCCAGGAGUCCAGACCCGCUCUCCAGCGCCUCCCGUUGGGAGCAAGACCCCGCGCAGACAGAGAGUACUCGCACAUCUCACGCGGCCACAGCCCUUCCGAGUGCCGGAGAGCUGAGCGCCGGAGAGCCGAGCCCAGAUGCCCCUGGGUCACCACAGGCAGACCUGGCGAGGAGCUGUAAAUAGCCGCCACAAGGAGUGUAAUAUAUUUGUUCAAUUAUAAGAUUAUUAUUUCACAGAAGCCUUAUCGCGCUCUGCUUCAUCUAAGAAAACAAUUACCAAAAAACGACAUGUUCAUAGGCAGCCACGCGGUGUUUUCAGAUUAGUUACUGUUCACGGAUAGGCUAGCGUAGGCUUUCCCGCUGCAUUUGUACAAUUAGCUGCUCAUUACGAUUGCUAGCAGUGACCUACUAUUUCAUGUAACCAAAAAGCAUGGUUUAAUUAAAACAUGUUUAAUGACUGUGCCUUAGGAGUUUGCGCCCCCUCAUGGAAAACGCCUGAGUGGCCCGUGGGGCAGCCCUAAGUCGACAGACGGAGGGGCCUCGGCUCCUCUGCACGGCUGCGUCUGACCCUUAACUCGCAGAAACACAAGUCCAAAAGCCAUAUGUGAACACGCGCGUGGCGCCGAGAGACGGCUGGCCUUCGCGCAGAGCUCCCGUGCCGUCUCCGCGUUGCAUGCUGCCUGCGGACACAGGUGUUCAGUGUGUGUGUCCGCUAUCUUUGUAGUUAGAAAAUGGAUCCAAUAAAGCAGUAUUUUUUUUGCUGGA